AUGUCGGCAAUAGAACAACUAUCCAAGCAAUAUAAUCAAGUCCAAUCUGAAUUGAACAAGCUAGUAUCAUCAAGACAGAAGUUGGAGACACAACUACAGGAAAACAAAAUAGUCAAGGAGGAGUUUGACAAGCUUAAAUCAGGAACAAAGAUCUACAAGCUAAUAGGGCCAGUUCUCUUGCCUCAGGAUCAGGAUGAAGCAAAAUCAAAUGUGGAAAAAAGACUCGACUUCAUAAAAAGAGAGAUUACAAGAGCGGAAGAAAGCAUCAAAAAGGAGCAAAGCAAGUUCACACAGUCAAGAGAUGCACUUGUGAAGGCCAGGACCGAAAAGAUGCGAGAAAGUGCGAAGGCAAUGAAAAGUAACUGA